AUGUCUGACGUCCACAACACCACUGCCGCUCCGGUAGACGCUCCUGUCGUUGCCGAGCCUGUUGCCGUCAAGCCCGAAGAGACCGUUGUCGAGCCUGUUGAGGAGACCGCAAAGCCCGUCGUCGACGAGACUCCUGCAGUUGCUGCAACUGAGCCCAUUGCCACAGAGACUGCCGCAACCGAGGCCCCUGCCGCUGUCGAGGAAGUCCCAGUCGCCGAGUCUGCACCCGCAGUCGAGGCCGCUGCUACCGCUGCAGAGGAGAAGCCCACCGAGGUUGCUGCCACUACUGAGGAGCCUAAGGCCAUUGACUCUGGCGUCCUCGGCUACAAGGCCCCUGGUCUGAUCAACUUGAAGUUCUCCAAGAGAACCUUCUGGUUGGGUGAGGAGCCCGUCUCAGUCGACAACCUCAGCACCUACCUUCGUGGCGAGAAGCCCGAGACCGGCAACGCUACCGCUGCCUGGUCAAGCCACACCGGAAAGGGUCUGCUCUACUUUGUCAAGCAUGCCGAUGAGAAGAAGCACCCUCAGGGUGUUCUGAACCUCUCCGAGGCCACUGACCUUGAGAAGGCAACCGGCCACGAGUUCACCUUCAAGAUCCACCACCACAAGCACGCCUUCAAGGCCGCCAACGAUGCCGAGCGUGACGCCUGGUUUGUCGCCGUUGAGAAGGCCAUGACUGAGGCCAAGGCCAACAAGGAUACUGUCACCUCAAGCGAGUCUUACAAGGAGACCCUUGCCGGCCUUGCCAAGUCUCACGCUCCUCACACCGGUGCUGGCCGCAAGAGCAUGGACGCCUCCAGACCUCGUGCCGCAUCUACCUCCAGCUCAUCUUCAUCUGAUGCUGAGGCCGCCGCAAAGAAGGCCAAGAAGAGCCGCUCUGCUUCUCGCAACGGUAAGCGUCACAGUCUCUUCGGCGGUAUCAUGGGCAAGAAGGCCGAGCACGAUGCCGAGAAGGAAGAGAAGAAGGAGGAGAAGGCCGAAGAGAAGGCCGAGCCUGUUGCUGCUGAGACUGUUGCCCCUCUCGAGGCUGAGGCCAUUGCUGCCCGUGUCAUCGAGGCCCCUGUUGAGGAGACCAAGGUCGCUGAAGAGAAGCCCAUCGAGUCUGCCGUUGAGCCUAACACUGAGGUUCCCGCCAAUGUUGAGGAGGUUCCUGCUGCCGAGUCUGCUGCUCUCGUCGAGGCUGCCGCCGUCGCCGCUGAGGAGAAGCCCGUUGAGGUUGCCGCCACCGAGGAGAAGCCUGUUGUCAACAGCGUGUCUUCCAAACCCGUUGAGGAGAAGAAGAAGACCGAGGAGAGACCCAAGACCAACAAGCGUAGCAGUCUGUUCGGUUCUUUCUUCGACAAGGUCCGCAGCCCCACUAGCGAGAAGAAGGAGAGCGAGGUCGCACCCGUCGUCCCUCCCAAGGAGACCGUUGUCUCGGCCGAGCCUCCUGUUCUUCCUGAGCCGACCACCGAGAACUCCAACCUCGACCCUUCUGCAGUUGAGACCACUGCCGCUCCUGCUCCCAAGGAGGCUGAGCUCGAGACCGCCAAGGUCGAGUCUCCCCUCGUCACCCCCAACACCGAGCGCAAGCAGAGCUUCUUUGACAGCUUGGUGAAGAAGGCCAGAUCCAAGAGCCCCGCUCCUGGUACUUCCACUGACGCUCCUGCCGUCCCUCCCAAGGAUGAUGAGGUCGUCGCCGCUCCUGUUGUCGAUGCUCCUGCCGCUACCACCGAGCCCGCUGUCGAGAAGCCUGUCGCUGAGCCCAUUGUUCCCGCUACCGAGACCAAGAUCGAGACUCCCAAGUCCAGCACUCCCAAGGAGAGCCGCCGCAAGUCCUACUUCGGCGGCUUCGGUGGUGCCAAGAAGGAGAAGACCGAUGCUGAGAGCCCUCAAGAGGACAAGUCGAUGCUCGGCAAGGUCACUGGUCUUUUCCGCACCAAGUCCCAGGCUGCUCGUCCCGUCAAGAAGGAGAACGUCGCACCUACCGAGCCCGUCCCUGCCAUUCCCAGCACUGAGACUGCCGCUAAGCCCACCGUCAUCGACACCCUUGCCGUCGCCGAGCCCAAGGUUGAAGAGCCUGUCGCCGAAACCGUCGCUCCCGUCAGCGAGACUCAGCACACUCCCUCCAACCCCACCGUGUCCGCCGCUGCGUAG